AUGAGGCAUCGAGUGCGCCAGAGGGGCGGGCUCUGGAACCUGUUUGUCGCCGCCUGCUGCCUCCUGACCUCGGCUGGGGCCGUGGAGCCCGCUGGCUGUCCAGAUGUGGACGCAGGUGGCUGCGGCCAGCUGGCCGCUGUGUCCACCCUGUUCCGCCGCGCCAAAACAUGGAGCGACUACGCUGAGCCGGUGGCGGUGCUGCAGCUGGGCCAGCCGGCAACGGCGCUGCACUAUGUGCCCGCCACCCGCGCCGCCGCUCCACCGCGCUUCCUGGCCGUCGGCGAUGCCGCCGGCGGCCUGCACCUGCUGAGCCCCGCCACCGGCAGGUUGGUUGCGCAGCACCACACAGGCACGGCCUCUCCCGUCACCGCUGUGGGCUCCUACCUGCUCAGGCGCAACACCACUGUGCUGCUGACGGGCCAUGCCAGCGGCGAGCUGCGGGUGCACUCGCUGCUGCACCCGCGCCCGCACAAGGACGGCGGCGGCAGCGGCGGCGGGGAGGCUGACGAGACAGAGGAGGGCGACGGGGCCAGCCCACCCGCGCUCAGCUUGGCCCUGCUGCAAGUGCUCCCGCCCUCUGAGGUGCUCUGCGGCACGCCGCUGCCUGCUGCCGCCGGCUGCGAGGGCGUGCAGCCAGGCCAGGAGCAGCAGCAGCAGCAGCAGGCGCCGGGCACGUGCGCCGCCGCCGCAGCAGCGGCGGCCUGCUCUCCCAUCACGGCGGUGCAUGGGCAGGGGCGUGGCGGCCAGGUGGCUUCCACCGCUGUCGUAUACGACGCAGCCGGCAGGCUGGCGGUGCUGAAGCAUGGAGGCCUGGCCCUCCACCUAGCCCGGCUGGUGCGGCAGGUGGCCCUGGAGCAGCCCGCGGUGGCGGCCCGGGUGUCCAGCGUGACCGCCACCCUGCUGGGCAGCAGCGGCGUGGCAAACCAGCGGCUGGCCAUCUCCCCGCCGCCGCCGCCUGGCGCGGGCCAGCAGCAGAAGCGGCGGGCAGGCGGAGAGGCCGCGCCGCCAGGUCUCCAUCCCUGCACUGGCCUGAACGGCACCCGCCUCGUGUCGGCAGCCUUUGAUCAGCAGCAUGCCAGCCGCGCCUAUGCUCUGGCGGGCGAUGGGCGGAUGCUGACCCUGGUGGUGGGUGGAGACAAGGCCAGCCAGCCCACCUGCAGGGUGCGGGCGGCGGCGCUGCUGCCAGCCGGCCUGCUGCUGCCACCGGCAGCUGGCAGCGGCGGCGAGGCUCAGGUGCAGCAGCCGGGGCUGGCCCUGGCUGCCAUCUCCGGCUACCUUCUGGCUUCGAGCGGCGGCCAGGCAGGCAGCCUGCUCGUAUUCAACGUCACUCUGGCGCCCCGCAAGGCGCCCAGCCUGCUGCUGCGCCAGCCGCUGGCCGCGCUGCGGGCGCAGUUUGGGGUUGUGCCACCGUCGCCGCUUGCCGCCGACGCGGCAGCAGGCGGCGCAGCUGCGGCAGGGGUGGCGCAGGCGGGGCUGCAGGCCGCGGCGCCGCCGCUGCUGGCUGCCAGCAAGCAGGGCCAGGUGGCUCUGCUUCUCAACGCCUCGGUGCUGGCACUGUACGAGACGGCACUCCCCUACCGCGCCCCUCCCCAGUCGCCCAUGGCCAGCAUGGCCUGGCUGCAGCUCUUCCAGCCCAUGGCCAUGCUGCUGGUGGGCGGGCUGGUCAUCUACCGGGCCCGUGCCCGGCGCGGCGGCGGCGGCGGCGGCGUGUCGCGCAGCCGCCAUCAGCCCGGCCCCGCCUUGCACCGCGAUUACGACGACGACAGCGGCAGCGGCAGCGAUGGGGAGGGGAGCAGCCUGAUGGGCCGCCUGCGCAGCAAGGUGGGCGCCGGCAGGCCGCCGCCUUCCAAGCGCGGCGGCCUGCUUGGGCGCAACGGCGGCGGCGGCGGCGGCGGCGAGGCCGGCGGCAAGGAGCGCAGCUCGGCUCGCAUGCGCGCCUUUGCUCUGGCCGCUUCGGACGACCGCGAGACUGCGGCCGCGCGCGUGGCGUCCAGCCCCCAAGCCGCCGGCGGGCCGCUGCACGGCAGCAGCAGCAUGAAGGAGGAGGAGGAGGAGGACGCUCUGGAGCAGCUGCGCGGGCGGCAUGGCCUGGCUGGGGCCUUUGGCUCCGACAUCGACAUGAGGUCCAGCGUGGAUGACAGGGAUGUGGCUCAGCUGCGCCACCGCUUGGGCCAGACGCGCAUUGCGUGA